ACAGUUUAGUAGUGACGGUAGUGACGCGAAACAAAAUGGCGAGAUCUUGGUGAAAGUCAAAACAGUCUCACCAACGAUUUUACUAAAUUUCUUUUACGUUUUCGUUAUUAUGAAAAACUCAUUAUGAACAGCCUGGGCCUUAGUUUGAUUCUGAAGAUGGGCUGUAUUUGCGCCAAGGAGACAGUUGUUGUUAAUGGAAGGAAAUAUACAGUGAGAGAGCAUCUGGGUGACGGUGGAUUUAGUACGGUAUCCCUAGUCGAAGAUAAUUUAACUCAUAAAAAAUAUGCAAUUAAAAAAAUGGUAUGUCAUGGACCUGAGGACCAAAGACUGGCUGUCAAAGAAAUAGAGUAUCACUCAAUUGUCAAGCACCCUAAUGUUAUAGAAUGCAUAGAUUCUACUCAUAGAGGAACUGCUGACCCGGUUGUGAAUGCAACUAGUGAAGUUUUAAUAAUUUUACCGUACUAUCAUAAAGGCACAUUGGCGAACGAGCUUGAGAGAAGAGCCAGAACAAAUGAUUAUCUGAGUGCCAGAGACAUUUUGAAUAUUUUUCUUCAGAUUUGUGAAGGUGUCAAAGCUUUUCAUGACGUAAAACCAGAACCCUUGGCUCAUAGAGAUUUGAAGAUUGCCAAUAUUGUCCUUGGUGAGGCAAUGACCCCUGUAAUAAUGGAUCUUGGAUCUGUAACACAGGCUAGAGUCAAAGUAUGUGGGGCGCAAGCUGCACAGACACUUCAGGAUAUUGCAGCAGAGCGAUGUUCGAUGCCAUACAGAGCACCAGAAUUAUUUAAUGUUGAAAGUUACUGUAUGGUAGACGAAAGAACAGAUAUCUGGUCCUUAGGUUGUAUCCUCUAUGCUUUAUGCUACUUUAAGUCACCCUUUGAUGCCGUUUAUGAGAGGGGAGAUAGUGUUGCUCUAGCAGUAAUGAGUGCUAAUAUAACGUUUCCCGAAAACGCACCGUAUAACGAGGAUAUGCAGAAUUUAAUUCUGUCAAUGCUAAAGGUCAAUCCCAUGGAACGUCCCUAUAUCUAUACCGUAAUAGAAAAUGUUCACGAUGCAAUCGCUAAGUUGGAAAGUAGAGUCUAGUAACAAGUCAAUAAGCAAUAAUUCCAGAUAAUCAUUUUUGAGAUCUCGAGAAUCGCGAGUAUUUUGGUAAAGCAAGAUGCGGUUGCGCUGCCCUGCAGAUGGGCCCGCGUCUAGUGUAUAAAUAAUGUAUAUGUAUCUUAUACAGUAUAUGCAGGACUAUAUAGUAAAAACCUAUCACUUAGAUUCGAUAGGUGUCAUGCAAUGACUCUACCAUCAUAUACAAAUCUAAUUCUAACAGUGUUUCCAUAUCCAUCAGUCACUGCACUCGAAAUGGUAAUCAUCAGAGAAGAGUUAAUAGGAAAUAAUUAGAUUUUUAGUUUUUCUGUACCUGCAUCAAUGGAAAAAGAAAAUGGAGAGACAUCGAUGAUAAUUGUUAUACAGUAAAAUCUGCGGAUUCACGGACAUUAGGUUCCGCAAAAAAUAUAUAUAUAUGAAUUGCUAUGGAAAAUAGUUACUAUAACGAAGUUAUUAAUAGAUAUACUUACAUAAUCUAUUAUAUAUUUUAAUUUAUGAUAAUACAUGAUUAUUAUAAAUCAGUGACUUGUGUGCAGAAUUUCUGUUUAUAUGAGUUUCGAACCUGAGACUCGCGGACGUUAAUCCAGCCCCAAGCACGUCUGCCACCGAAUCUUUAUAUUUCUAUCUAUAUGUUAAACAUUUAUAUUUUGUAUUUUCGGAACGUACUACAGAUGAGUUUAGUAAAACUGAAAAAAGUGAAUAUGGAAAACGGUUGCAUUGCGUAAUACGCAAAAUCCACGAAUAAUGAAACCGUGAAUAAGGAGAUUUUACUGUAACUUUAAAUAGCUAAAAAUCUGUAAUGUUUUGAAAUAUUAAAAUCGAUUCAGUAACAUUUUUAGGGACAUGGAACAUACAUACAUGUUAAACAGCAAAACAAGCUUCAAAAUGGUUACAGGUGGGACUACUAUUUGAGCAGAUCAAGUUUUGCUUGAUACAUUUUUAUAUCAAGCUAUUCCAAUGAUAUCACCAAAAACGCUUUUAAAGUUUUGAUAAUUACCCUCUAGGAAGAGUAUCGAAUCAAAUCAAUUGCUUAUACCUCUCUCAUCUCAUUGUCAUGUUUGAACUGAACAGCCCUGUACUUUUAAAUAUUGAAAUAUGAAUGUGUAUCGUUAUUUAGGAGAUACUAGUAAGGAGAGUCAGUAUUGUGGGACUUUAUCUAAUGGCUAGUAGGCACAAUGGAUACGUGAGAUAUGCUGAAACCCGCAUAGAAGUUCUGUAAACGCUUGAAAUGCGUUCUUUUCAGUGAGACAGAAUAUACACAGGGUGACUUUACCGAUAUCUCCUUGAUGAUGUCGUCGAAGACAGUACAAUGCAUUCCGCAAAGUUAAAAUUCUUAAAAAUGUAAGAGCUAUUUUAAUAUAUGACCAAAACUCAAGAAA